CCUCCCUUUACCUCCACUAAAUUUAAUUACCCUAAAAAUGGGAAAAUAUAUCUUUUUAUAUUUUACUUUAUUUAUUUUUUUCUUUUUUAGCGGCAUCCAUUUUCCAAGCUGCCAGAUUAAACACAAAACACCAAAUCACACUCACUCAAUACAAACACAAUUACCAAAUCCACUCUGUUUUCUUCUUCUUCUUCUUCUUCUUAUUCUUUUUUCUCUCUCCUCCCUUUCCUUUCCUUCCACUUCACCCCAAAAAUUCAAAGAAUCUGAAUUCCAACAUUUAAAGAAUCUGAAUUUCAACAAUUCAAUUCAUUCCAAUUGAUCAAUAAAUGUCGAAUUUCCAAGGUUUAGAAUUGGAAAAAAGGCACACGCCGGAAAAUGACAUGGAGAGAGGACCUCCCACGACGGAAGCUGGCGGAACAGAGGUCGGUGUUGGGUCAGUUCUCCGGCGAUGGAAGAGAGAUGAUUUUAUCAGAAAAGGGUCAUUGGCUUUGAGAGCUUUGGCUUUUGUGUUUUCAUUACUCUCCUUUAUUAUCAUGGCGAGUAACAAUCAUGGUGGCGGGAAAGAAUUCGGGGAUUAUGAAGAAUAUAGGUAUUUGUUGGCAAUAGCAAUAUUAUCGUCCAUAUAUACAGGAUUGCAAUGUUUUAGACAUGUUCAUCAAUUAUCCAGUGGGAAACAAUUUGUUGAUCUCAAGACUUCAGCUUUGAUUGAUUUUGUUGGAGAUCAGAUAACGGCAUACUUUUUACUGUCAUCAGCAUCUUCGGCGAUUCCUAUUACAAACAGAAUGCGGGAGGGAGCAGACAACAUUUUCACAGAUUCAUCCGCAGCAGCCAUAAGCAUGUCUCUUCUGGCUUUCAUUUCAUUGGCAUGUUCAGCUGUUGUUUCAUUUCAUAAGCUCUCCACUCAAUCAUUUAUAUGAAAACUUGCUCUUAUCAAAUAGGAUUACUAAUAAUGUAUACAUUCUUCAACUUUAUUCUUUACACACUGUAUAGUCUUUGCAUAUCAUAUACUUGAUUACUGAGCUCGCCUUUCUUCAUUGUAAAUUAGUAUACCUGAUUUGAGAUUAGAAAUGCACACCUACAGUUGUUCA